CUGAAGCUACUGAUUGAGUUGAGUUGUGUUGAAAAAAGUAUUGUUGAUCGGUGUGUGGGCGAAAAGUACACUGUGUUAGUGCUUAACAAGUUUAAAGUUUUAGCAUAGAAGGAUAAAAUAAGUAAUUCAAGAUGGGCCGGCGAUCAAUUAACACAACUAAAAGUGGGAAAUAUAUGAAUCCUACAGACCAAGCUCGCAAAGAAGCAAGGAAGAAAGAGCUUAAAAAAAACAAGAGACAGAGACAAAUGGUAAGAGCAGCAGUCCUGAAAGGAAAGGAUCCAUUGCAGUUGAUUGCAGAAAUGGAGAAAAUCGAUCAAAUGGAGUAUAAUGUGAUGCAACCAUCUCCUCUGAAUGAAAAGGUCCUGAAGGACAAAAGGAAGAAGUUACGAGACACAUUCGAUAGGGUCAUGAAGAUUUACAUAAAAGAGGAUCCAGACAAAUGGGAAGAGUUGAAACGUGCUGAAGCAGAUUACGAAAAGCGCAGAUUUGCACUCAGCACGUACUGUGAGGCAGUGAGGCAUGCACAGCAAGUACAGGUGGAUGACAUUCCAUUGCCCAUCAAUGAGAGCAUAGCUGCGCUGGCGGGCCUCACGUCACAGAUCCCUCUACCCGCCGACAUGCCCUUGCCUCUCAACAUUCCAGUGCCGCCAGUUCUGUUGUCUCAGCUUAACCUGCCUGCCGCUCCCCAGGGUAUCCUCAGGAAACGAUCAGCAUACAGUCCGCCACCGAGAGCUAGGAGUCCCCCAGGGUGUCCCCCUGGUGUUCCCCCUGAUCUGCUCAGUGAGGAUGAGAAGGAUGACAGUUCGGACGAGGAUGAUGAUGACGAGAAAGAAGACCAUUUGAUUGAUGAGAAAUCAGAACGGCGCAAUAUCCGGUUUGCAGACAGCAGUGACAGCGAGGGAGAUGAACCGCCCGGCACUCGGACUACCUCACUGCAGCAGCGUAUGUUGGCUCUAGCAGGGCACAAUUUGGAUAGCUUCAUGAAGGAGAUUGAAGAUGUGCAGAAGAAGCGAACAGCUGAGAGAAAUGAAGGCGACAGGAUGACGCAGAUGAUGGACCCUGUUCCUUUACCAGUACCACCUCCAGCACCACCUAUGGGUGUGCCUCCUCCUUUGAUGUUCCGGCCACCACCACUUGGAAUUCGGCUUCCCCCCGGACCUCCACCUGGCCGCCCCACCCUGCCGCCAGGGCCUCCACCAGGACGACCUCCAACAUUGCCACCAGGGCCUCCACCCGGUCUCCCUCCCAGGCUCAUGGGCAUUCGCCUCCCCCCCGGACCUCCACCUGGUAUGCCAGCUGGACUACGUCCCAUGCUAAGGCUUCCGACUGGAAUACCACUACCUAUGGCACCGCCUCCACUUCUUCCUAGCGCUGCAACCCCCAAUGUGGUCUCUGCCGCUCCCCAGCUCAUCAACCGUGGAAAGGAUGACAAAUCGGAACAGAAAGGGGCGACGAUCGAGGCUAAAGCCCAACUCAAGAACCUCAGUGUGGAUGUUACGAGAUUUGUCCCGACAGCUUUGAGAGUCAAGAGAACAGAAGACCCCAAAGUGAAGACCCAGACCAUCGCGGCAGAUCAUGCCAAGCAAGAAGCCAAACCCACCGUUUCAAAGGACGAUGCUUACAUGCAGUUCAUGAGGGAGAUGGAGGGCCUUUUGUAAUAUAUUGUAUAUAAGUUUAUAGUGCUUUUAAGUAUAAUUAAUAAACACUUUUUUGUGUUUUUUAUUAAA